AUGGCACGUUCCUUUUAUUCCGACCAAGAAGAAGUCCUUCCCACUCCGGGUGUCAAUCAGGCCAUCUCCAAGGACCUGAAGAAGAAGGAGGACACGUUGCACGACCCGCACAAGAAACUCGUCGAGGGUAAAGUCAUCACCGUCAACAGCACUCUGGAGAACUACGCCAAAAAGGCCCGUCAAUACGCUUUGCAGAAGCUCGAGAUCUUUGAGGCCGAAUACAACAACCUCCAUGCCGCAUAUCUGAAUGAAAAGAGAAAUUUCCUCGACAAAUAUCAUCAGCUGGUGGUGGAGCCUGUGCUUCCGUCUGGACUGUACGUUCUGACAGCCAUGCUGACGGGAUCGAUCAUUGUGCGCACUAGAUCACUGCCCACGAGGUUUGUGACUCCUGUGGUUUUCGGACUGGCCUCAUUCAGCUAUCUGAUGCCGCAAACGUCCUCCAACACUUUCAAUUGGCUCGAUGCCAUUAAAAGAGAACAACUGCCAGAAACCAGCAAACAAUUAGAUGAAGCCAAACUCCAGGUGUCCAAGCUGGCAUCCGACAUCGACCAGACCCGCGCACAAUGGAGACAGCAGCUCACGGAUUCCGUCAGGUGUGUCAGAAAGGAGAUCCUGAGCCGGACAGAGGAAAAAUAG